UCUUCUUCGCUUUUCCCCCACGUUGAGUAAACACACGGAACUCUGCACGUGCUUUGGGGUUUCAAGAGGACGGUUCGGCUGUUCAAAUUAAACCCACAACUCAUCCUCUCGCGCGCAGGAACACGAGCCAUGUCGACCAAUCAGGAGAGUCAGCUUCAGCCCAGUGCAUGCGCUCCGGUACCGACCCAGACCCUGGGAAGAGCCAUGAUCCCGCUGGGAAAACCCAAAUCCGGUCGGGUGUGGAAAGACCGCAACAAACAGAGGUUCUCUGCUCUGUUGCGUGAUAAACCUCUGCGCAGCUCCUGGCAGAAGAAGAUGGAGGCCAAGAGGGAGAAGGAGAUGGUGAAGCAGUACCACCAACAGCUCAAAGAUGUGAAGGCCAAAGAGAAGGAGGAGAAGAGGAAGAGACGGGAAGAAAAUCUGAAGAGACGAGAGGAAAAUGAGAAGAAAGCAGAGAUUGUUCAAGUGAUACGUAACACGGCCAAACUGAAACGCAUGAAGAAGAAGCAGCUGAGGAAGAUAGAGAAGCGAGAUACUCUGUCUGUGCUGCAGAAAACUCCUCCCACCGUCAGAAAAGCACCCAAAGGAGAAUAAAAGAUGACCAGACACUAAAGACAUUAACGUCUCCUGAUUAAAGUGAUUCAUUUCACUUUACUAUGAUGUAUAGACUGAACACACACACACACACACACACACACAGUGGAUGUGUCCUGUAAAUAAAUUGGCUGUGUGUGUGAGAGACACAAUGUACAGUGGUGCUUGAAAGUUUGUGAACCCUUUAGAAUUUUCUAUAUUUCUGCAUAAAUAGGACCUAAAACAUCAGAUGUAGGCAUACUUUUGCCACUCACAGACAUGUAAUAUUGGAUUAUUUUCCUCAAUAAAUAAAUGACUAUAAUAUUUUAUCUCAUUUGUUUAAUCGGGGUAUUUAUCUACUUUUAGGACUGGUGAAAAUCUGACGAUGUGUUGGGUUGUAUUUAUGCAGUAAUGGAGAAAAUUCUAAAGGGUUCACAAACUUUCAAGCAGCACUGUAGGUAGUUUUUUGGCAGACAUCAGUGGGACUUUUAUGUGGGGUGCCCAGUAUGUAAACAAGCAGCAUAAAACCCGGUGCUUUCCUCAGAGGUUUGGUCUCGUCCUGAACUGUUAGAACAUUUCUCUUUCUCUUUCUCUUUACCACACUCAAAUCUGUUUCACUUUCUCUCUCUGCAGUCACGUGUUAUAAAAGUAAGCAGUAAACAAUCACGGGGUGGUGUGAUGAAGUGGAUUUCCUGUUACCAACCUGAAGUCCAUUAACAACGUUUAUUUAUUAAAGACUGUCAUUUUUAUCUGUU